ACUUCACUUACUCAACUCACCGAACCAAGAAAAACUUUUUAAGCAGGAAAAACAAUAAAUCUAAGUGUGUGAAGACUUGAAUCAGCUUUAGUUUUGUUUUUACAUUCAGAAAUGGAAUAUGAUCAUCUGAAUCAAUGGAGAAACCAACAACAUCAGUUAGAACAGGGUUCUGCAGCUAAGAUACCAAGACUAGGAGUUGAUUCUGAUCAUACUGAAACUGCUCUUCCGUUGUUUGUACCUGAACCAUCUGCUGUUAAGAUCAGUAGUUUGUCAGCAUUUCCUGAUUCAUUAACUACUGUUGCUGCUGCAUCUCCUUACAACAGAUUCCCUAGAUUGGGAGGUGGGUUGUUCAGUAUAUCACAACGGCAAGAACUAGAACUGCAAGCAUUGAUUUUCAAGUAUAUGUUAGCUGGUGCUGUGAUUCCAUCUGAGUUGCUUCAUUCCAUUAAGACGAGCUUUAUUAAUGCUCCAUCAUGUUGUCAUUAUCCUCAUCAACAACUUUACCAACAUUACCAACCUGCUGCAAUGAUGCAAUCAGGGUAUUGGGGUAGAGGGUCAAUGGACCCAGAGCCAGGGAGAUGCAGGAGAACUGAUGGGAAGAAAUGGAGGUGUUCUAGAGAUGUAGUUCCCGGUCAGAAAUACUGUGAGAGACAUGUUCAUCGAGGCCGAAACCGUUCAAGAAAGCCUGUGGAAAUUCCCACACCCGCUGCAGGUGUUGGUAAUGGUGGCGGCGGUGGAGGUGGCUUAAGGAUUGCAAAUGCUACUAUUGCUUCUUCACCGGCUUCAAUGAUGUCUGGCGGUUCUAAUUUUAGUCUUUCCGGGUCACCUUCUAUUGAGCUUCUUCACCUUAAUCAGAGAUCUUCAGAGAACAGAGUAGGAAACCAUGACAAUAACAUGUCCGGGGAGGCGAAACCUGAUGGCCAGGUUCUCAGACAUUUCUUCGACGACUGGCCGAGAUCGAACCAGAAAUCUAAUUCAAGUCCAGCAACUUCGACGACCUGUCUUUCAAUUUCAACUCCAGGGAACAACAACCCGUCAUCGGAUUUCAGCUUAAAACUGUCCACCGGUAAUGUAGACGACCGAGAAAUGAAUGGCGGCGGAGCUGAACGGCGUCAAAUGAAUUGGGGUGGUGGUUGGGGAACACAUCAAAUGAGUUCCAUGGGAGGAGGACCACUUGCCGAGGCAUUACGUUCCUCGUCUAUUACUAAUUCAUCUUCACCAACUAGUGUGUUGCAUGAACUGCGACGAGGUUCCAUUUCUGAAACUAGUAGUGUGAGCACCUGAUUGUAUUAAUCAUAAUUUUGUGAUGUUUUAAACAAUUAGAAUUCCUUGGUUUAGCUACGGUGUCUCAUCUUCUGUAAAGAAUGUUCUUUUCCAGAAAUUCGUUUCGUGUUGGAUUUGUUUUA